AUGGAGAGCAAGACAAACAAAACUCCCUAUAACAUUCCCACCGAUGCGGUUUGGUUCAUCACCGGCUGCUCUUCAGGUAUCGGCAAGUCCCUUGCCGAACAGCUCCUGGCACACCCUACGUACCGGGUCGUCGCCACCGCCCGCAAGCCGUCGACCCUCGUCGACCUCGACGGCGCAGACGGCCGCCUUUUCGCCACGGCCCUUGACGUCACCGUAAAAGAAUCCAGGGACGCUGCGGUGGCGGCUGCGCUGGCCAAGUUCGGCCGCAUCGACAUUUUUGUCAACAACGCCGGCCAGGCGUUCCACAGCGAUUCCGAGCAGCCCUGUCCCGACGAUGAGCGUCGCCAGUUCGACGUCAAUUUCUGGGGCCCCAUGGAGCUCACCAGGCAUGCCGUCAGGGUCAUGCGCGAGGAGAACCCGAAGAACGGGGGUGCCCUCGGCGGCGUAGUCAUCAACGUCACCAGCGGGGUCGGCUUCCUGGCGAUACCAGGCAGCCCGUUUUAUUGCGCAUCCAAGUUCGCCAUGGAGGGCUUUACUGAGACUUUUGCUAAAGAAGUGCGGCCGGACUGGAAUAUUCACUUUUGCAUCGCUGAGCCCGGUGGCGUCGCUACGCAAUUCAUAAAUAACGUAUCAUUUGGACCCCACCAUCCGGCAUAUGAAGCCCCCGACACGCCGGCCCGGGCGUUCGAGGCUUGGGUCAAUGGCGCAUCUACCACGAGCUUCUCGUCGGCAGAAGGAACAGCGCGGGCAAUUAUCGAGGUUGUGCACGGCGCCAAGGAGGGUGCUGCGGGGCGCAUCCCUCUGCGAUUGCCCAUUGGCGCGGACGCCUAUCAUGUCAUCAAGGCCGAGGUGGACAGCAUAGCUGUAGACUUGGAGGAAUUCAAGCAGGUGUCUCUCAUCCCCGCGAACCAGUGA